AUGUGGACGGUACUUCUUGUGUUGUUCCAACUCUUGGUGCUCUGUCGGUCGCUCCGGGCUCAGGGUGGUGUCUCAGCCGCAGCCAUCACUCCUCAGAACUGCACUAUGAGCUGUCUCCAACAGGGAGGUCCUGGAUGUGAAUACUGCAGAAUAACCAGAAAUGAUGUGAAAAGCAUUCUGGGCUUCAACUCCAUUGAGGCAUUUGGAAGUUGUGUUCCAUGGCCAUGUCUUAAGCUGCUUGGAGAAAAUGACCCUAAAAUCUGUCAGCACUACGUACAAGCACCGAAUGAUGUGACGGUUGAGCUUGUAGACGAUCCAGACCCUAGAUCUGAUACUAUUGUAAUCUCCUGGAAGCCCAGUUACUAUGGGAUCGCCUUCCUUCGAGGCUUUCAGGUGUCUCUUCAGGUUUUGGGAGGGUCCAGUGUUGCUUGUCAGCUCUUUCUCUUUCACCGUAACCUCUCCCUUCCGGCUUCACAUGCUCAAAAGGUGUACAAGUCGGACCCUAUCACCGGCCUCUCCCUGGGAACCCAGUAUGCUCUUACAGUCAUAGCUCUGCCAGUGCCUGAGGAGUGGGAGAGGUUCUACCACAGCAAGAUCUUUUCCACACGUUCGUGUGCAGAGAAGAACGGUCUUGAGCAUUGCAAAAAAGACUGGUAUCCCAAACAUGUUGAGAUUCAGCAGAACGGAACCGUCAUCACUGUCACCUUCAACCUUGCUCCGUCAAACCUUGGCAUCAAAAGCUACUUCUCAUGGUGCUACGCAAACGGCAUGAAGAAAUACAUCGAGAUAACUCCUAAUACCAACAGGAACAAAACUCACCACAGUUAUCAGCUGAAGGACCUCGAAGAAGGAACCAACUACACUUGUGAGAUUGCAGCUAACGAAAUGGAUGCAGUGAGGAAAACGUUCAGUGUUCAGGUCGUGCAGGAUCGAAAAGGUAGUGGAGAUGAAGCCACGCCACCCUCCGCCACUCACGCCUUGGCUGUGGCGCUUCCAUUGGGCCUGGCUGUGGCAGCCAUAUUUGUAGUCUUACUGGCUGUUCUUACCAAGAAGAAGCCAUAUCCGUGGAUGAAGAAACUCUACAUAAAACCAAAUGCAAAGAUAGAUCAAACCUUGGAUAUUAUCAAAGAGCAUCACGAGAGCCAGACCCAGGAGGAGGUUGUAGCAAUGCCAAGACACAGGCUGACCCCUCCUCGUCUUCUGAUUUGCUACAGCAGCUAUGACGGACCUGCCCAUGUCAAAGCAGUCAUGCAGUUGGGGUCCUUCAUACAGCAGCACAUGGCCACUCAGGUGUUUCUGGACCUUUGGGAUUCUCUGACUGCGGCUGAGGAGGGCAGCAUGGCCUGGCACUGCCGGCAGAUCCGGGAGAGCGACUUUGUCUUGGUGAUCUGUUCUCGUGGCCUCAACCACAGACCUGAGCUCCCACAGCAAGAGAGUGAUGAUGAACAUGAGGAUGAAAACGCAAGGCUGCGCUAUGGGUCCAACAACUUCAGCUCUGAUGCAGCUGUCCACCUUAUUGGAGAGGAGGUGGGGAGAGCCAAAGCCAGGGGGCAGGACCUUUCCAAAUACAUGGCAGCCAUUUUUGAGUAUUCUGAUGAGACGGACAUCCCCACUGAACUGAGACUGGUAUCUCAAUACACGCUGAUGAGUGACUUACCACUGCUUUUCUCCCACCUCCAUGGAGUGGCUCUCCAUAAGCCAGGAGGUUACCUGAGAAUAGACCACAUCUCAGAGGAAGGUUUUACUAAACUACCAGCUGGAGCCGCUUUGCAGUCGGCUAUCUACAAGGCUGGGAUGGCCAUGAAAAAAAGGGAGCCCCCUGUGGAAGGAGGAGACUAA